UUACACCAUUUUAGAGGGGGAAAGGAAAUUUUUAGCAGACGACUACCUGUGCAGCGCCGUCCGCCCGCCCGCCCGUCCGUUCGUCCGUCCUCCCCUGCACAUCAUACCACCAUACUGAAAUAUAGUAUAAAUAAUAGCAUAUACUAUAGUAUAGAUUAAUAUAAUAUUAAUAUAAACUUUACAAUCGCUGGUCAUAUCAAACAAAAGUUGAAACCAAGAUGGCGUACCGCUUACUCAACGAUUUUGAUAAUAAUCGUGACGUUAUUUAUAACACAACACAUACAACCAGACGGACAGUGACAUCGUCGAGUGAUUGGCCUUCUGCAGUGCCGAGCCAUAGCUGGAAAGCCAUUCGUGAAGUGGAAGGCUAUACAAAGCCACACAUGACAUGGGAGUAUCGACUUGAUGCUGACGCCGGCCCGGAGCACCAGAUUCCUAAAGGGAGCGUACCCUACGUUCACGUUCGAGAUCAAGUGAGAGGUGUUCAGGAUAAGAUGGAUCGUCACCGGCAGUUGCUUGACAGAUAUUAUGACCGACCAGCGAUGGAUGUGCUCGACACCCAUACCUCUGGGCUGGGUCAUUCUGGCGGACGUACGACUGACGACUCAGCAGCAGGUGAGAUGCUGGGCAAGGUGUCACCCUUACGCAAGAAAAUUAGGAAGGUCAUAUGCAAGUCCCGUCGUGACCCUUCUUAUUAUGAUGAUUAGUUGCCCCAACACUGUUGUCAGGUCAGCUAGGAGGACAAGGUAUGUGAGACGUGUUUUUUAAAAGACGUUGGAAGGACAAACAAGAACAACAACGAAAUAAAAAGACAACAGAUUUGAUAAAGAAAUAACCCUUAAAACCCACUUUCAAAAGAAAAAGAAAAAAAACACCAUUUAAUAUCAAUUUUAAUUAAAUUUUAUUUAAUUUAAAAACAAAUUUUAAUAACUGAAAUCUUGGAACUUUGGUAACCUCCACCCACCCCCACUGGAUUGUAAUUCGUAUAAUUUCUAUUAAUUCUGCCGUAGCAAUGAUAGCAAAUGAACACACACGCAUACACCAACAUAAACACACACAAAUAUUAGCUUGCCUCCUGCCUGCAAGUAAAUCGGUGACCUUCGCCACCACGUGUCCGCCUGACUUUUCGUGCCACAUUUCGUAUCCUGUCUCUCUUAUUUCUGAUCUGGUUUUCUCACCUGCUUCCUCUUUAAUUAAUGGUUAAUUAACUGACUAAAAAUAAUGAUGAUAAUAAUAAUAAUAAUAAUAAAAAACUUUUUGAAAACUAUCAAUAAA